CCUGACUGCAGGAGCUACGGGUAGCCACCAGCAGCUGCUCCCGCUGACAUCGCUGCUGACACGGACAUGUCUCGGAUGCUGACCGCGGUGGCGUGUGCUGCGGCGUUGCUGAGUUGCACACCUGGAGCGUGGGCUGGCCUCUGCCUGCUGAGGGAGCUGCCGCUGGAGCCGGCCGCCUUCUCCGUGCAGGCGUGCGGCCGCUGCUACAACUACUCUCUGCCACACGCCUUCCGGGGCCGUCGCUGGCCGCUCCUGGCGGUGCCCGGGGACCCGGGGACACUCGUCCUCCAGCGCGGAAACCUUACCGAGGUGGUGGAGAGCCGCGACCAGCUGCGGCGGCUGGUGUGGGACAGCUUCAGGGAGGAGCAGCUGGCCAGCAGGUGGCUCUCCUGCUGCGACGAGGCCGACCGCUGCUGUGCCCUCAUGGCCAACUCCUCCGGCCAGCCAGCGCCAGAUCAGUGUCCGAUGUCAUGGGAUGGAUGGACCUGCUGGCCUGAAGCCCCAGCCCCAUCUGAGCAGCACCUGCCGUGUCCUCCACAGACCACUGUCAGCUCACAGUUGCCGCACUGCCCACAGCUGUCCCGCAGAGAGUGCCUGGCUGACGGCUCGUGGAGGCUGCCCACCGACUACUCGCCCUGCAGCCGGCUCCCUGGUGUAGUGCGCCGCCUCUGGGUCACCGUGGCAGCCCAGGCUGUGUCUGCUGCCUGCCUGGCGCCCGCCAUCCUGCUCUUCUACUCCUAUGGGCAGUUGCAGAGCCACCGCGUUUCGCUGCACAAGCACUUCUUCAGCUCACUGCUGCUCUACUCGUUGUUCGAGAUCGCCUUCACCCUGGCCGUGAUGCUGCCGUCCCGUUACCAGGACGUGUGGCUGUGCAACGUGCUGCUACUGACCACCAAGUACUGGCGCUGCAGCAACUACCUGUGGAUGUUCUGCGAGGGCUUCUACCUGCACCGCCUGCUCGCCGCCGCCUUCCAGCCCGAGAGGUCGCUCAUCGUCUUCUACGUCAUCGGCUGGGGUGUGCCGCUGCUGCCAGUGUCCGCGUACGCCCUGCUGCGCCACCUGCUGGCCCAGGGGGAGCCGGCCAGUUGCUGGGUGGAGCCGCACCACAUGGUCGAGUGGGUCCUCUACGUGCCCAGUCUGGUCAGCCUGCUGGUGAACUCUGUGUUCCUGGCACACAUCGUAUGCAUCCUGGUGAGCAAGUUGCGAGCCAACCACUGCCGGGAGCCCAGCUUCUUCAGGAAGGCGGUGAGGGGGACGCUGGCUCUGCUGCCACUGUUCGGCCUGAACCUGCUGGUGUCCCUGUACCGGAUGCCCAACCCAUCCUGCACCUGGGAGCUGCUCUACGCCUACUUCGGGCUGCUGCUGGACGGACUGCAGGGGGCCUUCGUCGCUAUCAGCUUCUGCUUCCUCAACAGAGAGGUACACAGCGCAGUGAGGCGGUCUUACAACCUGCUGUCUGACAAGUACCGCGGAGGUGGAGCUCGCUCACAUUCCCGGAGCAGCGAAAGUUGUGGAGCUGCUCACACAACGCUGGCGAGUAUGGAUGGCUUCUGACAGCUGCAGAGGGCCUGCUGCUGUCUGCCACGGGCGUAGCCGCCACCUGCUGUCUGCCUCGGGGUAGCCAAAAUCUGUUGUCUGCUACUGCAUUGGUAGCCGACACCUGCUGUCUGCCACAGCUGUGGCCAUCAGCUGCUGUGUGCCAACAUAGCAGUAGCUGCCACCUGCUGUCUUACAAGGCACAGUGACAUCUGCAGCAUCCAUCUGACCUGGUGACGUGGAUCUCCUGAGACUACAGUGUUGCUAAUUUUCUGUCUGCCACGUGUGUUCAGCGUCACCUACUGUCUCAUGGCAGCUCAACAGUAACUGGGGUGUACUGCAAACACCGAACUGUUUGUGUGCACCUGUGGACAUGCUGUCAUCAUUGUGGAGAACGUGUGGUAUUCAUCAUACUUUAUCUCCAUAGUAGCCAUCAGCAACAGUGGUACACUGAUGGUACACAUGCACUCUGCUUUAGUAUGCUCACUGCAACCAACUGUGGAGAUAGACAACUACUGUUGUCUCAUAAGAACAGUUAGUAUUGGUAGAAUCAGGUGAGGCUACUGUCUUGGUGGAGAAGAACCACCUGCUGUCUCAAAAGGGCCAGUAGCAGCGAUCCCACUGCACAUAAUGCAAUGGCCAGCAUGAAGUCUAAUAUUACACCCAACGCUCCGUAACAAAGAUGUAGUUCUCACCUGCUGUCCUCAUAGCACUACACAAGAUCUCAAAAUAUCUGAAAGGGCAUUUGCGACCCCUGUGAAAUGCGUUCCACUGACUCUCAAGCACACAAGGGCCGAAGUGCUGUUUUGGAAGUUUGUAAUACUAACAAUGGUGCAGAUGCCAACACUGCAGUUUCCAAGGGUUGCUGUGACUACUCAAACGUUCUGCAGACAGAAUUUUUAUCAUCUUUUGCUUCAUUCCAGCUUAGGCCAUUAUCGUGUUUGAAGUGGUCUAACUAUUUCUGCUAUCUCAUGCUCUGCCUAGUGGACAGUUGCCUCCUGCCUUCUUAUGACAGACUUCAUCCUAUUGCAGUAAACCAUAAACUGACAUAAAAGCUUAUUGUUACUGAAGUAAACUAACUGCAGCGUGCUACGUGAAUAGCCAUAAUUUGAUGUGUGGUAGUGUUGGACGAGAGACAGAAGAAAGGACGGUUGUCUCUGAAACUGUAGGGUACACAGUUGUUGCCUAGCAGAUACAAGAAAGAGAGAGGAAGGAGACACUGCAGCACUACUCUCAUAGACAUCAGGUACACCAUAUUAACUCAGCGUCCAACCUAAAUAGCGAUUUGCACAUGGUUGAACUACAUCAUAGUUACUGUCCUCCUGGUGAAGUGAGAUAUCUGUAAUAAGCCGUGAUUAACCCUAGCAACACCAAUGUAUUUUCCGUAACGCUUACUACCGAAGGGGUGGGGGAUACUUUAUGCAUUCCUCCACAAAAACGUUUAGAAAAAAAUCGUUAAAUGUUGUUACUCGUUAUUAACAACACAGUUUUUAAAUAGGUACUAACGUGUAAGUACAUUUCAGAACCUGAAAAUUUAAUUUAGGACAAUAUUAGCAAUACCCACUUGUUUUCCAAAACCGAGGGCAGUA